GUCGUUCUUGUUAUUGAUGUACUCGCUGUUUUGGUAGCUUGUGUAUUGAGUACUCGUAGCACAAUUCUUGUUUUGUCAGAGAUUUCUAUAUCAACUCAGCUAUGGGAUGCGACGGAGGAACAAUCCCGAAACGGGAUGAACUUGUGAGACUGAAGAAAAAACCGGAACAGAAAGAUAAAGACAUGGAUUUAUUUGUGAAAUGGUGUUUAUGCACAAUAAGUCAAGAACCAUUGAAUCAACCUAUUGUAGCUUGUGAACUUGGAAGACUAUAUAAUAAAGAAUCUAUAUUGGAGUAUUUAUUAGACAAAUCAAUCUGUCAGAAUGCACAGCAUAUUAGAGGAUUGAAGGAUGUAACAGUGCUAAAUUUGACAACGAAUCCAGUGUAUGGUAAUGACAAAGUUGCUGAUAAAGGUGAUGCCUAUAUUGAUAGACAGAAAUCCAAAUAUAUCUGUCCCGUCAGUGGCCUAGAAAUGAAUGGAAGACACAGGUUUUGUUUUCUACCAAGUUGUGGAUGUGUUUUUUCUGAGAGAGCUCUUAAAGAAGUUAAGUCUACAGUCUGUAAUAAAUGUGGGGGAGCAUAUUCAAAAGGUGAUGAGAUUGUGUUGAAUGGCUCUGACGAUGAUGUUGCAGCUUUAACGGCAAGAAUGGAAGAUAAGAGAGCCAAAGCAAGGGCAGCAAAAAAAGCUAAGAAAGGAGGCAAACAUAAAUUAGAUAAAUCAAGUACAUCACAAGAUACACCCAGCACAUCAAAUGGACCAACCUCAAGUAAGCUUCCAAGAACAGAUCAACCAGGUACAUCAAAAAGUCUGACAAAUGGGGACGAUAAACCGAGCAAGAGUAAAUCUGUGUCAACUAAUGGGAAGUCAGCAACUGUAAACGGUGACGGAAAAAUCAGUUACGAUCCAAAGAAGAGUGAAGCCUAUAAAUCAUUAUUUGUCGAUCCGGAGAAAGAGAAGAAUAAAGAGAAACCUCACUGGGUUACUUUCAAUCCAUAUUAUUGAUGGGACUGGAGGAACAUUGAUUGUGAAAGUAUGAAGACUAUUAUUUCAAGUCAGCUGUCAUCGCACUCGAUCAGAAACAGUCAUUGAGUCAGAAUUAUAUUGGCAUAUAUAACUUACAGUUUCUUGGUUUGAAUGUGAUGGACAAAGUCAGUGCAAGUCCCAUAUGUAAAAUAACAAAUACAGACUUGUAUUUAUAUGCAUUAAUAAUUAUGUAUUACCGGUCAUGGCCAGACCCGUUUACUGAUUUCUAUAAAGAGAACUUUUUCUCACAGCCAUAGAAAUGUUAGUGUCAUACAAACUAUGUGAU